AUGGGCGUGGGAAUUUCAUCCAUGUCUCCCGGUACCUGGCCAAAGAGAUCGGCACGAUUCCUGAGGGAAAUCUCAAGAAGUACACCUUUGAAGGGCCUGACCAAACAGCACCGCGGCCCUGCGGAGUCGAUAGAUUUAGCUCAGCCAAAGCAAUCUGGGGAACAUGAUCGUGAGUCCUCCAGGGGCCGCUCUGCAAUGGUGGUUCCAAUGGUUUCUGUUCAGCCUUCUGUGACGCCCUCUGUCUCUGAUCCGGCUUCUUGUGAUAAGGAUGGUGUUAGCAUGGAGUCGUCCGAUGAUAUUGUCAAAGCCGUCCCUCGUGGACCCACUACUCAUCCCGGAGUUCGACGGUACAACGGACGUCGUAGAAUGGGUGACAAGGGCCGAGAUGUUGUGCGAGCUUCGGGCGCCGCCUCCCAGUCCGUCUUACCGCUGCGCCUGACUGGUGGCGCGUUCGCCGUGUGGUCACAACUCCCUCAAGCCAGCCGCUGUUCUCCAGAAGCCGUGCGUGACGCCUUGUACGCGGCGUUCGCUUUGGACCAGUACGCGGCGUACGAGGCAUUCGCUACACGCCGCCUCCGGCCGGGUGAGUCCGCCGACGUCUACCUGGCAGAGCUGCGGAGGUUAUCAACUUUGUUUGGGGGAGUCCCGGAGCGUGCCCUCGCCUGUGCCUUCGUGACUGGACUGCCAGAUGACAUUCGCAGAACAGUUCGCACUGGAUGUAGGGCCGAAGACCUCGACCUGGUUAGUGUGCUGGCCCGGGCUCGUGCUGUACUCUCUGAUGAGAGUGUAGCUGCUGGUGUGGCUGCUAGAGCUGUAGUGACACAGGCUCGUGGUCAACCAACAACGGCCAGAGAGCAGCUUCACGAGCAACAAGGCGCACUCGUCGUUGCUGGAAUCGCGGCCGGCCGGGGCAUCUUGUUGCAGCAUGCCCGCAGCACCGAGACCAUCGUGCACGCUUCGUGUUGCAUGCGGUGGCAAUCGCGGUUCACCAGCGUAACGACCAUCAGUGGAGACACGUUCCGGUGUACUGGAGUCGGCGAGGUGUCUGUGGAGACUCCUGCUGGCCUGUGUGCCAGACUCGAAGCACUGGUGGUGAGCCAGCCUCCCCUGGGCGCGGAUGUUGUACUUGGCAUCGCAGGCAUCGAGGCACUUGGUGGAAUCACGGUGAAGUCUGCCUCUGAUGUUCAAUUCUGCGGCGCUGGACAGCGACGGUUGUGUGGCACCGCUGCCCCUGCGCCAUUGGUGGUGGACGCCCCUGACUUCAGCGUGCAGUUCAACACAGUGAGUCGGACGUGGAUCGUCACGUGGAAGUGGACGAAUGGUGCUGCCCCUGACUGUCUCGGCAACACAGAGGAGCAGUACAACGUGCCCCUUUCCAUGCGACAGGCGUUCUGCCAGGAGCUGGAGUCGUGGGUUACAAGUGGUUGGCUUGUACCUCACGAUGAGCAGCAGCACGGGGCACCUCGGGGGCUUCUACCGCUCAUGGCAGUGCGGCAGAACAAUGGCGGUAAGGUGCGGCCCGUACUCGAUUACCGUGAGCUAAAUGACUGCGUGACUGCCUUCACUGCCGACAGCGACGUAUGCUCUGACCAACUAAGGAAGUGGCGCCGGCAUGGAGAGAACGUGUCCGUCCUCGACCUACGCAAGGCGUAUCUACAGGUGCGUGUAGAUCAGCAGUUGUGGCCUUUCCAGACCGUGAUGGUGAGAGGUCAGCGGUACUGCUUAACGCGCCUUGGAUUUGGCCUCAACAUCGCUCCACAAGUUAUGAAAGCAGUUGUCAAGACCAUCCUGGCUCAAGACUCUAAGAUCGAACAAGCAGUUUUGCCGUACGUAGACGACCUGCUCGUGAAUGAAGACCAGGUCAGUGCAGAGCAGGUUGCUGCACACUUCGCGAGUUACGGGCUGGAGUGUAAACAGCCAGUCCGUGUGGCGGACGGGGCACGUUUGCUGGGUCUACGCGUACGUCCGGUGAACGGGGAACUGCAAUGGACGCGAGACAACGCAGUUGCCGCGCCACCGAAACAAGUGACCCGCCGUGCAGUGUUUGCGUGGUGCGGGCGACUGAUCGCUCAUUUGCCGGUGGGCGGCUGGCUGCGACCGGCAGUGGCAUGGAUAAAACGGCAGGUGAACGCUAGUACCCGGGGCUGGGACGACGUGACGGGGGAUGACGCGCUGUGCGAGCAGAUGGAGUACGUGUCAAGCAGGCUGUCCAAAGAAGAUCCGUGCUGUGGGCAAUGGUGCGUGCAUGGAGACCAGGCAGUGGUGUGGACCGACGCCAGCUCUAUCGCUGCCGGUGUUGUUGUUUUAACACCGCAAGGAGCUGCCAUCGAGGACGCAUGCUGGAUUAGAAGAGAUGAGAGCUCCCACAUUAACAUGGCUGAGCUGGACGCAGCAGUUCGUGGCGUCAAUCUGGCCAUCGCGUGGGGCAUGCGAACCAUCGAUCUGCGAACAGACUCUGCGACCGUCUACCGCUGGAUUGACGAUGCGCUGAGUGGCCGGGCACGUCUUCGCACCAAGGCUCAUGGGGAGAUGCUGAUUCGCCGUCGGGUAGAUGUCAUCCGGCAGCUGGUGACGGAACUUGAUCUGGUCAUGUCUGUGACGCUCGUACGCUCCUCAGAGAACCGCGCCGACGCCCUCACGCGAGUCCCAGGGGAGUGGGUGCGAGGUGACAAAGACGGAUCGGCAGUGAGUGUAGCAGCGGUAGCAGCAGCAUCAGCAGCUAGCAGUCGGGAUAACAGCGUGGCGAGUGUCGCUGACGUUCACAUACGUGCUGGCCAUCCCGGCGUGCGACGCACACUCUUCUUUGCACGACGUGACAUCUCACGAGCAGUGACGCGUGCUGAAACACGUGCUACUGUGCGGCAGUGUGAGGUGUGCCGCAAGAUCGACCCAGCGCCGGCGAAGUGGCAGCACGGGUCAUUGAGUGUGACUGAGACGUGGUGGCGUCUGGCGACAGAUGUUACCCACUACCUCGGUAGCGCCUACCUGUCCCUUGUCGACUGCGGGCCGUCUCGGUUCGCUGUGUGGCGGCACUUACGUCGUCCAGAUGCGGACACCGUCGUCAGUCACCUGGAACAAGUCUUCUGCGAGCGAGGAGCGCCGGCGGAACUGCUCUGUGACAACGAAACUGUCUUCCGAGGCCGGCGAUUCGCAGCUUUCGCGGCGCGCUGGGGCGUGUCGCUGCGCUUCAGAGGGGCAUACGCACCGUCUGGUAACGGCAUCGUGGAAAGGAACCAUCGCACGGUGAAGGUGAUAGCAGCGAGGAAGGGCUGCUCCGUUGCUGAGGCAGUCCACCUGUACAACGUGACGCCCCGGGACGGGGAAACUGUGGCAUCAGCUCCCGUGAGUGGUAUUUACCGGUACCGAGUACGAGACUGCGUGCGGCACGAUCAGGUACAGUGUGCCGUUCACACCUCCCCUGAUGUUGCAAGGAAGAACUACACGGUUGACGAUGCAGUGUGGGUUCGGAGGCGGGGCGAGCGCUGCACCUCAGCAUCGCAGCCCAGCGUCGUCACCAGGGUGAACUCGCCGCAGGUGGUAGAGGUUGAUGGAGUCCCACGACACGUCAGGGACUUGAGACACCGCAGCAGCCUCUCAGUGAACGAAGCUGGCACUCCAGAUGAACCGGGAGAUGAACCCCCGCUUCAUGUUGACGCGCAAAGCCAGCUGCUGCAGCCGCAGGUGGUUGAACCCCCACCUGAGGCACCACGAGAAGCCGUGCUUCGAAGGAGUACCCUUAGUACGUGUUUCUAUGAAGAACCUUCACCUUCGUGGCUGUACUGUCCCGACAGCUACCCAACACCACAUGGCGCAGUGAGUAGGAUCACGAGUCUUCCCGACGCCAUCGCCGCCGCGCCAGCAGGGACUCCACUGCCUCUUCACGCCCUUCCCUGGGUUUUACGGAGCUUUAGUGACUCUUGUGACAGUGCGUGCAGUGCCUAG